CAGAACUACAAACUUCAAAUUGUUAUCAAAAUUAUCUUUGAUCAGCAAGUACAUUAUAUCAUUUUCUGUAUGAUCAACAGCACUGGCGACCCUGUAAUAACCCACUAUAAUGUUCAGUUGGCUUGUGACGUAGCAGAGUGAGUCAGUAGACAGUGAUGCCCAGUAACACCCAGAGCACGCAGACCAGGAGCGCGUUGAGUAAGGAGAUUGACAUCGACGCUUUGAUAGUGCAGUUGGGCCAGUUCGGCCGCUACCAGCGGUGGGUGUUCGCAUACCUCGGCUUGGCUAUCAUAUUCACCAGUAUCUACAACUGCCAAUAUGUAUUUAAUGCUGCUGGCGACAAUUACAGAUGUAAAGUUCCCGAGUGCGAACAAUCCCCGCCAGUGUACAGUCGAACGGAGCCAUGGAGGAAAUUCGCGUUGCCAUCAAAAGGUUACAACUGCUACCGGAAAAUUCCCAUCGGCAAGAGCUGCGCGCCUGAGAGCUUCUCCAACACAACCCGGCGCUGCUACUCCUGGGUCUACGAAGGAGGAACUACUAUAGUUGCUGAGUUUGACUUGGCGUGUCAGGAGUGGAAGCGCACUUUAGUGGGCACGAUCCACAACUUCGGCGUGUUCUUGGCCAUACCACUCACUGCUGCGGUCUCUGAUACUUACGGCCGGCGUUUCGCGCUAAUCGGCACCUGUGUGGCCCCAGCCGUCUUCGGUCUAUUGCGAGCCUUCUGCAGAAAUUACGUAGUGUACUUGUUUUUGGAGUUCGUCGAAGCACUAGUUGGCAAUGGCACAUACAGCACAGCGUUUAUAAUAGCUCUUGAGAUAGUGGGUCUAAAGAUGCGAGUACUUGGUGGAAAUAUAAUCCAGAGCACGUACGCGGUGGGGCAGAUCCUGACCGCUAUCAUUGCCUGGGUAAUUCCUUACUGGAGGACCUUUACAAUCGUCAUUUUUACUCCCUCUUUCCUAUUCAUUUUCUAUAUCUUCUUUGUGGAAGAAAGCUUUCGGUGGUUGAUGGUCAAGGGACACGAUGAUGAAGCUGCAAGAAUCCUUCUUAAAGUAGCAAAGUGGAACAACGCACAUCUUUUACCAGAAACAAAGGCAAUUCUGACCGGUGAACCAAGCAAAUUUAGUCGACCUUGGAACCCGUUUCCGCUUAGCACGGUACCGCCACCACCGCCCAAAGAGACGCGGCUGAUGCUGAAAGUGCUAAAGUCCAGGACGAUGAUGUUCCGCAUCAUUGUGGUGUCAUUUUGGUGGAUCUCGGUGACCAUGAUCUACUACGGCCUAUCCAUCAACUCGGUCUCGCUGGUGGGCAACAAGUACGUCAACUAUAUGAUGACAGCAUUUGUCGAGAUCCCUGGCUCGUUUCUUUGCUUUAUGACACUUGACCGAUUUGGAAGAAAAAGUUCUAUAAUGACAAGCUUUUUCAUCUGUGGUUUGUCGUUGCUGGUACUACCAAUUGUGAAAAAUCCGAAUCUAACGAUACUCCUGACUUUAGUGGGCAAGAUGACGAUCAGCUUAAUCUUCUCCGGUAUUUACAUCUAUACGGUGGAGUUGUUCCCGACGAGCGCGCGCCACCGCAUGUUGGGCAUCUGUUCCAUGACGGGCCGCAUCGGCUCCAUGUGCGCGCCGCAGACACCUCUGUUGGUUGAUGUGAAUACAACAGAUGGCGUACAUGAAGUCCCUCCCGUACAUUCUGUUCGGCUCGCUGGCUGGUACGUCGGGGCUGUUAAUGCUGCUAACUCCGGAGACGCUGCACAUGAAGCUGCCCGACACCAUCGAGCAGGCGGAGCAGAUGACCCUCGCCAGCCGCUCCACCAAAACGACCAAUUUAAUCACGUAACACUGAGCUUGCCCUGCUGGCUUCAGACUUACUUUCACUAUUCGCAAGUCUUUAGUGGUAUUUGAUGGCGGUGGUGUUACUACCCAGGUAUAUACUUUUCAGAAAUUCAGGUAAGUGCUAUAAGUAAGUGGGAUCUUGAGCGUUCUUUAAGCAAAGAACAGUAGCUCGCCUUACCUGACCUGG